ACUUUUUUACUUGUGAGCUUUAAUUUAUUUUGUUGUAAGUUUUAAGUGGUUUGUUUUCUGUCCAUAUUACGUUGAUUCUGUGAUUAGCGGUUUUUUUAUCUUGAUUAUUAUUCCAAGAAAACAUUAGUCGUACUCGCUUCGGCAGUACAUAUAUAUUAAAAUUGGAACCAAACAUUAGUCAACUGUCAUUAAUAUUAAAAAUCAAAACCGAAAGAAAAGUAAACAAACAAAUAACAAUUAUCAGUUUACCGUUGCAGCUAUUUCCAUAACUACGUAUUAUCAAGAAUUUUUGAUUCAAUUUAAAAUACAGUACGUUUUAAACAAAAAAGACAUAUAUCGAACUGGCUUUAUUUCAAACGUUCAGCUCUUUAAGUUUUGGAAUAUCUAAUGAAUUAGGUAUAACAAUGAGUGACCCACCAGUAUUCAUAGAUGUUUCCACUGGUGUAUAUGAUACAUUAGAUACAAAUAAUGAAAUCAAAAUUAAGGAAGAAGUUAAUCUUGCCAGCCCUAAACCUGAGUUUGAUGACUUACUAACAGUCAAAAGUAAUAAAUUUAAAUGUCCAGAAUGUAACUAUUUAUCUAGAAAACAAGAAUUAGUAGACAGACAUAUAUUAAAGGUGCAUAGAGGAGAAAAUCCAUUUCAGUGUUUCAUGUGUGAUUAUACAACAUCUAAUAAAGGAAAUUUUGCAGAACACAUCCGCAGACAUGAAGGCAAAAAGCCCUUUAAAUGCUCAUACUGUCCUCAUAGAAACGUCUCCAAGAAAAACCUAAAGAAACAUGAAUUAAUACAUCGUCCAGACAAUCCAUUGAAAUGCCCUCAUUGUGACUACAUUUCCAAACAUCAAAGGGAAUUUGGAUCGCACACUAGAAAAUUCCAUUCCACACAAAAUGGUGUUCUGACUUGUGUCAAAUGUCAAACAACGUUUGACGACCAGAACAGCUUGACAGAUCACGUCAAGUCGCAACUGACAUGUGAGAAGUGUACAUUUGUAGCGUGCGAUGCUGGCAUUCUAGAAAAGCAUUUGGUUAAUCAUAGACAGAAAAGGAUUGAGAAAAAGAAAAGUUUAUGGACUUGUAGUAUCUGUAGUUGGUCAUCUUGUAAACAUCCUAAAAUAUUGUUGCAUCUUAUACAUCAUCCUAAUCAAGAAGUGAAUGGUAUUGAUGUAAGUAUUUUGCAGAAACAUGGUAUUAUGUAAUACUGAAAACACUAAUUAAAUAAAUAAGACAUUAUGAAAUGAAACGCCCAUGUAAGUUCUUUAAUACAAAGAGUGCCCUGGUGAAUGUACUGUACAGUGUACUCGGUUGUGAGGAACUUUCAUGGAUCUAGUUAACGCUGCGCCUUCUUGAGUUCUCAUGUCAUUUUCACACGUGUAUAAACGUGUUUAUAAACUGACGAUCGAUGGACCAUAAGGCCCUAUUGGGAAACGAAACAGAGGAAGACCGCUCACGAGAUGGGCGGACGACAUUGCAAAAACGGCUGGCUCGAGCUGGAUGCAAAUCACCCAAAACCGAGAUACUUGUAGUUCCUUGGAGGAGGCCUUUACCUCUGGAAGGGUUCUUGCAAAAUAAUUGGGAAAUAGAUAUUUUAAAAAAUCGGAUAAAAAUAGUAUAAUUUACUUUUCUUAAAAAGUAUAUACUGUUUGCAAGAAAUAAAUAGUUUUUUUUUAUAUUAUAUUCUUUAUAUAACAUAUUUUCAUAAGUAUCUGAUUGUUCUCAUUACAAGUGUG